CGCCCCCUAAGCAUCUCUUAUUAUUCCUAAGAUUCUUCUAACCGGCACUAAUUAAUGGCGGCAUAUUACUUCUUAAUUAACUUCUCUAAUCUAUUAAUUAAUUAAUUAAUUAUAUACUAUGAUUGUCCCUUUAAGAUGGAAUUUGGAAGCCACACUCCCAUUUCCAUGGAUUCUUCUCUGAGUCAGACCCCCCGCCACCCGGCUUGUGCUCACCACGAGCUUCGGCUUCCCGCCGCACACCAUGACAACAACCCCACAUCGACACCAAUGUCCAACCCACUGCAACGCGCUCAGUGGCUCCGGGCCGCCAUACUCGGCGCCAACGACGGCUUGCUCUCCACCACCUCACUCAUGCUCGGCGUCGGCGCCGCCAAGGAGAACAGGCGCUCCGUCAUCCUCUCCGGGAUCGCCGGAGCCGUUGCCGGCGCCUGCAGCAUGGCUGUCGGGGAGUUUGUCUCUGUCUCCACCCAAAGAGAUAUCCACAGGGCAACAGCAGCCGGCAGCAGCCAUUCUAGUUCGGAGCCAACCAAGCCAUGCCCAGUCACCGCCGUCUUAAUCGAUAUUGCUAACCCCGCCGGGGCUAGCCGGCCCAUGUCGCCGGCCAUGACAGGCAACCAAAAAUCGCCGCCAUCAGCCGCUACGCCGGAACGAAAGUCGCCGCUCAUCCUCCACCUGGCCAGGUCCCCCGCCAUGAAAGUCAUAGCAGAAGGUCGUUAAAUUGAAAUCCUAAAUUCAUUAUUCAGAUGCAUUUUUAUUGAAAAAUUAUGGGUUCUUGACGCAGAUGAAGCAAAGAUGGCGGGAAACCAAGAUGACGGGGAUGGAGGGCUGCCGAACCCAUACAAGGCUGCGGCAGCGUCAGCCUUGGCAUUUCUAGCGGGAUCGAUCGUUCCUUUUCCGCCGGCGAUGCUCAUUGCUCAUAACGAGAGUAGGAUGGUGGCGAUCGUGGCGGUGACGACGGUUGCUCUGGCGGUUUUCGGGGCUGUCGGGGCUUACGCCGGCGGGUCUCCGGUGAGAGUAUCUGCGGUUAGGGUUCUGCUUGGAGGGUGGGCUUCCAUGGCCAUAGCUUAUGGUUUGCUUAAGGCUUUGGACAAGGAUCACGCAGAGGACCAUGAAGCCUGAUAAGUGAUAUUUGCUUAUUUUAAAUAAGAUAUAUAUAUAUAUAUAUAAAUACAUAUACAUGUACAUAUGAAUAUCUUGCAACUAGGCUUACGAUUUUGUUAUAUUGUUCGCAUUGAACAAUAUAAUAUUUCGUAGACGUGGAAUUGAGAGAGAGCGGGAAACCCACACACCCACCCCUGUU